AUGAAACGAAGUUUGCCAUCUCAGUCGUCAAUAUUUAAUUUUUUUCAUGAGAAAACCAAUCAAACUGAAUUGGAUUCAGAAUUAAUUACUACAGAAGAAGUUCCGUGUGCGGCGUCUACUACUGAAAACGGUGCAAUAAAAAGUACUGUAGAUUUACCAGAACUUCGAGAUAUUGGACGGUAUGUAGAUGUUAGAAUAACUGAUGAUAAAUUUAAGUACGAUUUAUUAAAAAAUCCGUGGCUUCCUCCUUCAAAUUAUAAUUUUCCGAUAGUGUCAAAAAGAAAAUUAAAAUUCCAAAUUUCUUGGUUAACACGGUUUUCUUGGUUAGUUUAUUCAAAACAACUAGAAGGAGCAUUAUGUAAAGUAUGUGUUUUAUUUUCUAAUGAGUGCACCGGAAAAGGUUCAAAUCAAAAAGUGGGUGCUUUAGUAAGUAAACCUUUUAUUAAAUGGAAAGAUGCUUUGGAAUGUUUUAAAUUACAUUCAAAUGCAGAAUACCAUAAAUUGUAUGUUAUACGAGCGGAUGAAUUUUUAAAAAUAAUAGAUAAUAAAAAACCGGACAUCUCUAUUGCUAUCGAUCCAGCACAUAAAAAAAUAGUAUUAGAAAAUCGUGCUAAACUAGUUCCAAUUAUUGAAACAAUUAUUUUUUGUGGUCGUCAGGAACUAUCAUUAAGAGGAGAUAAUGACAGUGGACCUAUUUUUAGUUGCAGUACUGAUAACAAUGAUGGAAAUUUCAGAUCGUUGUUAAGAUUUAGAGCGCAGUCUGGAGAUUUAAUAUUGAAAGACCAUUUAGAAAAUUCAGCAGCUAAUGCUGUUUAUAUAAGCCCACUUAUACAAAACGAGUUAAUACAUAUUUGUGGUGCAUCCAUCCAGACUCAAAUAGUAACCAAAAUUAAAAAUGCGGGUUUUUUUUCUAUUUUAGCAGAUGAAACUUGCGACAUAUCACGAAUAGAACAAAUGUCCUUAUGUGUGAGGUAUAUUGAAGAUUGUAGUAUUAGGGAAGAUUUUUUAACUUUUAUUCCUAUUUAUGACGCAUCAGGAAAAGGAUUAGCCCGUACAAUAAUGAUUGAAAUAGACAAAUUAGGUUUAAAAAAGGAAAAUUUAGUUGGUCAAGGCUAUGAUGGAGCUUCUUCGAUGAGUGGUAUAUUUAAUGGAGUUCAAAAAAAUAUAUGCGAUAUAACACCUCACGCUUUAUACGUUCAUUGCGCCGCCCAUUCGUUAAACCUCGCCAUUAGUAAAUCAUGUAACAUUCCCGAAAUAAGAAAUUGUAUUGGAUCUAUAUCUACAAUAACUUCAUUUUUUCGAAAAUCACCAAUAAGGUCAGAAGUUCUUAAAAAGUUCAUAAAAGACUUAAUUCCAUGCACACGCCACCAAACACUUUUAAAAAUGUGUGAAACUCGUUGGGUUGAACGCCACGACAGCUUGUUACGGUUUAAAGAACUAUAUUUACCAAUAACUAACACAUUAAGGGAACUUGAACAGCAUCAUAAUUUAGAAACAUCAAAACUUGCAUUUCAACUUUCAAAAACUAUUACCUCAAGUUCGUUUGUAAUUUCAUUGUACAUUAUAGAAAAAUUAUUUGCUAUAACAUUGCCGUUAUGUAAAUCUUUACAGCAAAUAAAUGUAGAUUUAUCUGAGUGUUGUCAAUAUGUCAAUAACUGUAUGCAAGUUAUUAAUUCAAUUCAUGAAAAUAGUGAGGAAGAAUUCCACAAAUUAUUUUUAGAUGUCGAAAAUGUAUUAAGCUUAGUCGAUGAAACGGUUAAAAUGCCACGAUUAAUUAAGCAAUCUACUUAUCGUAACAAUAUUCCGGCAGAUUCGCCAGAACAGUAUUAUAGGAGAUCAAUUUUUUUGCCAUUUUUAGAUUACUUCAAAAGUCAAUUAAUUGAAAGAUUUAUAAAACACAACUACAUUAUUUCUGGGCUGCAAAAUUUGAUUCCAAGUUUUUUAAUUAAAUUAAAACCAAGUAGCGAUGAGUUUAAAAAAUGCAUUGAUUUUUAUAAGAGCUUUUUACCGACUUAUGAAACUUUUGAAUCAGAAUUGAAGGUGUGGGUGGAAAAAUGGAAAUCGGUACCCGAUAACGAACUUCCUAAAUCUGCAAUCGAUACUUUAGGCGUCAUGUCGAAAGACUUUUAUCCAAACAUUUGGUGUUUAAUAUCUAUACUUGCAACACUCCCGGUGUCCACUUCAUCUGCAGAACCUGCAGUGAAGAUCGUCUAA